AUGACCGAGCAAAUUCCGAAAAGCAUGAGGGCGGCUGUCGUCAAGGACUUCAACAAAGGCUAUGAAGUGCGCGACAUAGAUGUCCCCGCUGACCUUGGCCCAAACGACAUUCUUGUUAAAGUUGCCGCAGCAGGCUACUGCCACACCGAUCUACAAGUGGAGCAAGGCGUCUACGAAUCUGCGGGGGCAAAGCCUGGCCUUGUAGGAUCACAUGAGCCUGUGGGAACAGUCGUCAAGGCCGGAUCUGACGCAGCUAAAUCAAAUAUCCACGUUGGCGACCGUGUUGGCUCGAUCAAUACAUACGCAUUCUGCGGAGAAUGCAAUGCUUGUAAACACCAGGGCCAGCAGCUCUGUGAGAAGCUGGUCGGCAUGCUCGGUUUGACUAUCAAUGGUGGUUUCGCCGAAUAUAUGAAAGCGGAUGCCCGUGUCGUCUCUAAGAUCCCGGAGUCCAUUCCGUGGGCGGAAGCUGCGCCGCUAUUCUGCGCGGGCGCUACGGUUUACGGUGCCCUCUUGGCAUCUGGCAUUAAGAAAGGCCAAUGGCUCGCGAUUGUAGGCAUUGGUGGCCUUGGGCAUCUAGGGGUGCAAUAUGCCAAAGCCCUAGGCGCUAAUGUAAUCGCCAUUGACAAUCGAAAAGAAGCUAUCGACACGGCUCUCUCCGUUCCGUCACACCUCAAGCCGGAUAAGACAUUCGUGAUCGACUCAGAUGACGCGCAGAAACGAGUCAUUGAAGAAUUGCAGUCUUCCUUUUAUGACACCAACCCAGGUGUGGACCGUGUUGUUAUCAACGCGGAAGCACGAGAGUUGAUCAAAUUCUCGCAGCAGUUUCUACGCAAAGGCGGCAUCCUGGUUGAUGUUGGCUUACCAUCAGAGACGACGCUGGAAGUCGACCCGUUCGCGCUGAGCUUUAAAGAGCAGACUAUCAAGGGCCGUUUGAUCUGUACACCUGAACAGUGUCAGGAUAUGAUCAACAUUCAUGCAGAAAAUGGAUGCAGGGUGCAUAUUGAAAAGACUUAUGGGGUGGAGCAAAUCAAUGAUAUGUUCCAGCAUUAUCAGAGGAAGGACUUGAAGGGCCGACUUUGCAUGGUGUUCUAG